AUGGCGCCCGCCGCCUCUCCCAUCGAACGCGACCACGACCGCAAUGGCGAACGAGUAGGUCCGCACCCGUCCUACAUCGAGGUCGCAAAGCCCUACAUUCUCCAAUCGCGAAUCCAAAAGGCUCUGAAUGAGCUAGGCAUGAGCGAUGCUAAAGAGGACGCCGUGCGGUUACAGGGCGUUACAUACAUUGACCAGGUCCGCCGCGCUUUGCAGCUCCCGGUCCGCACGUUCAAUACGGCGGUGAUAUAUUACCACAAGUUCAGGUUGCUGCAUGCGGAGACGGAAUAUAAUUGGGCAGAUGCGGCGGCCGCGGCGCUGUUCACGGCGUGCAAGAUCGAGGAUACAUUGAAGAAGAGUAGGGAGAUUUUGUGUGCGUAUUGGAAUUUGAAGGUUGGUGUUGGGGAGAGUCUGAGUAGUGAUGAUCCGCGCUUCGAGAAUCACUCCAAGCUCAUCAUCGGCCUCGAAAGGCUCAUGCUCGAAAGCGCCGGUUUCGACUUCCGCAAUCGCUACCCGCAGAAACUCAUGGUUAAGCUUAUGCGGACGCUUGGUUUCGACAAAAACAAUGAGGCGAAGACGGCUUGGAACCUCAGCAUCGACUUGUAUAGGACGUUUGCGCCGCUGAAGCAGACGACGCCGACAAUGGCCAUCGCGUGCAUCGAGCUCGCGGCAAGAUUGCAUGAGAUGGAUACAAGCAAGAUAGUAGAUACGGGCGUUAUGCGGUAUAAUAAAUGGAACACGACUCGAGCCGAGGUCAUGGAAACGCUGCUUGACCUCCUGGACUUGUACACGCACCACCGCGGUUCUACCUCCGUCGGGCCCCUCUACUCCCUCGAAACCUUCAUCAACGUCCGGAUCAAGCUAAACCAAGAGGCAUCGGCCGCCAAUAUUCCCCGCUACGCUGCCUACGCCUCAGAAUCCGCCUCUGAUUCGCAGAUGUCCAACGGCGUCAAACCCCGCAACGGUAUCGAUCCCACAAGCCCGCUCACUCCUGCCACCCCUGGCACGAUUUCUCCGGGAACAAUGCACCCACCCACGUCCGCCAUCGGCAUCCGCGGCCAGAAUGGCACUGUCCGCUUCAUGAUCGACGCGAAGCGAGCCCGCGACGAACGCGCAGAAGUCGACAAAUAUCUCACUGUGGAAAUGGAAGAAUACGAGGUGGAAGUGCCGGCCGAGCCGGACCGCGAUCGCGAACGAAGACGAGUGCGUUGA